AAGCGCUUGCCUUUCAUGCGUGAGGCACUGGGUUCAAUCCCCAGCACCACAUUAAAAAAAAAAAAAGAACUAAAUAAACAAAAUAAAGGUAUUGUGUCCAUCUGCAACUAAAAAAAUAUUUUAAAAAUUCAUUUAUGUUCAUAUUUCAUCUUCACCUGAAUAGUCAUGAAUAUAAUAACACCACAUUAUUGAAAAUAUACUUAGAAAAUUUCAGCUUUGUCUGAGUACUACCAUUUUCCAAAGUGGUAGAAUGGAAAUUAGAAUGACUAACAAGACCCCAAAUAUGAAAAUCUCUAAUUUACCAAGAUUCUAUGAAUUCUCGAGGUCAUACAAAAGGGAGUAUAUUAGUUUCCUAUGGCUGCCAUAACAGAAGUACUUAAAACUGAUUGGCUUAAACAAUAGAAAUAUAUUAUCUCAUAGCUCUGGAGGCUAGAAGCCCAAGAUUAAGGGUUGGUUUCUUCUGAGGACUAUGAGGAAGAAUCUGUUCCAUAUGUCUUCCCAAGUUUCUGGUGGUUUUCUGAUGUUUCUUUGCUAAUAAGUGUAUCACCUUUACCACUGCCUUCAUGUUAACAGGGAGCUUACCCUGGCUGGGUAGGUGUGUCUGUGUCCAAAUUUCCCAUGUAAUAAGGACAUUAGUCAUAUCGGAUUUGGGGCCAAAUCUACUUCAGUAGGACCUCGUCUUAAUUAAUUACAACUGCUAUGACGCUAUUUCCAAAUAAGGUUCCAUUCUGAGGUAUAGAGAGUUAAGAUUCCAACAAAUGAACUUGAGGAAACACAAUCUAACCCAUAAUGGGGAGCAAAUAUCAGUGCUGAUGUGAUGAAAUGGAAAGAUUCAUCAGAGAAUUUGUUUUCCAGUCCCAAUCUGUUGAAAUUGAGACAAAGAAGGGGGCUUCUACAAUGAUGUCAAAGCAUUGCUGAGAAAUGACUUAAAACAUGAAGUUUUAAAUUAGGUUCUUGAUUGUUAAAAAAAAAAAAAAAAAAAAAACUUUUCAAAACUCAAAAGAGAGCCCUUGCUAUAGGUUUUAGAUAUGGUUUGAGUAAGUCCUAUAAAAGUUCAUAUGCUAAAAGCUUGGUCGCCUGUGUGGUGGUGUUGAGGUGGUAGAACUUCCAAGAGUUGGGGCCUAGUGGAAGGUACUUAGGUUAUGGGCCACCACCCCAGAGAGGCCUGAUGUAGUUCUGACAGGACUGAAUUUGUUCUCAGGAGACCAGUUGGUUAUAAAGCCGGACAUCUCACAUGCUUGGCCCCUUCCACCUAUGAUUGUAUCCCUUUCUGCUUCUCUACCAUGUUGUGAUGAAGCUGAAGGUGGGGGACAGUUCACCAAAGCUGGCUUGUCAACCACAGAAUCAUGAUCCACAUAGAUCUCUUUAUACAUUACUCAGAAUCAGGUAUUACCCAGAAUCAGGUAUUGUUAUAGCAGCACAAAACAGUAAGACAGACAUUUUAGUAGGACUACAGUGUAAAGAGGCUCAACACAUCUUAUUUGCUAUAACAUAGCGUUAUAGGACUACUGUCUCAGGGCUGGGAUCCCUCUCAGCCUUUUUGAAGUUGCAAAACCCAACACACCAUGCUUGUUUAUUUGAUGUUGUAAUACCGCCAUUAUCUCCUUUCCCCAUCCCAAACCCAGAGGAACUGCCAAAAAUAGAUUUACUUUUAAAGACUGAUUUGGUUUUUCAAAUUUCACCACAUCUAAGAUCCCAUUACACUCUCUGACAAGGAGGUAAGCAAGAGCCAAUGGCCACUAGGAACCAGAAGGGCUGAAGGACAGAACACAUAGGGACAUACCAUAAGGACAACCACAAUGAAAUUAUGAACUAUUAUUUUUUAUUCCCACCUUGCACUAUCUUAGAUCACUUUCACAAUAGCAAACCUAGAGAACUGGAAGUCAGAGUUACUGAAAAUAAAAUCAACACUAUUUGGAAUAAGGGAUGGUAGGUUUAUGGGUGGCUAUUUUUAUAGGUGAUAUUAAUUUAUUCUCUACACUUUUUUCUAUUUUCAUCAUUUUCUACUAUAAGGCCACUGUUAAUCCAAAAUAGUAAUAAUAGAUUUGAAAGAUGAGUAAGUUCAUUCCUUUGCUCAAUACAUAUUCAUGAGUACUUACCACAUGCCAGGCAUGACAUAGUGGUGAAAACAAGAUAGUCCUGUCCUAUGGCAGUUCCACUGGAGAGGUAAUAAACCAUUUGUCCUUCAAUGUCAAAAAUUUACUUUGGGCAGUUGUUUUGUUUUGUUUUGUUUUGUUUUGAGAAGGGAAGAUGGAGGUAGAAAUUGCACUGUGCUGGGGAUAACAUGUGCCCCCCAAAACAAAACAAGGCUGAAUCGAGAGGUUUGAGGGUCCAUUCAAGCCCACUUGGUCGGUGCCUAGAUUUUAUUACAAGCUGGCUCUUGGAGUCAGCUGCAUCUUCUUUGGGCCAAGCCUGCCUCUUGCAUUUAAUUACCUCCCCCUGGGACAAUUGUGAGAAUUACCAACAGCAGAGUACUCCUGGUAGAGGUGGGACUGAGAACAGCACAGGUCAUACCGCUGACGUCAGGACUUCAACAUAUCUUUUUGUGAGGGAAAACACAAGUCAAUCCAUAUUGUCUUGUAUUGUAUGAUACAAUACUAAGAAAACUAAUAAUAAUGGCAAACUCUUCUUUGUCCCUCUCCAAGUCAGGCAGUGUUUUAGAUGUGUUGCAUAUUUUAACAAAUUAUUUCCCUCAUUUUGCUGACAAGGAAAUCAAGGCAAAGCAAAUUUAAGCUAUUUCCUUAAGUUUACACAGCUAAUGAGUGGUGGAGCCAGGCUUUAAACUCAGGCAACUUGGAUCCAGAGAUUCAAUCUUCUUUUUACACUGCAAAUUUUUAUGUAUAUUGUGAUGCCAUCAAUAUUAAAAUACAUUAAAAAAUUAUAGAACAAAAACCCACUGAAUAAUUUACAAAAAAUGAAAAUAGUUUGUUUUUAGGAGAGGGGUUGUUUUUUACAGUGUUACAUUACUAGUGCUGUAUAAAUACACACAUAUAUGCAUGCUUUUAUGGACAUUUUUGAAAACAGAAAAUGUUUUGAAAAAGUCUGCAAUUUAGAAAAAUUUGUAAGGAUUCCAUAAUCAGAAAAGAGUGAUUAUUAACCUUAGGGACAGCCAGUCUUCAACAUGGUCUCAAUGAUUCCAGUCUUCUGGGACUCUUAGGUGCUGUUCCCAACAUUCAGUAAGGGCUGACUUGUGUGACCAAUAGAACUAUUGUGGAAGUGAUGGCAUGUGGCUUUUCAGACAAAGAUCAGAGACUUUAAAGCUUUCACCUUGACCUCUUAGAUCUUUUGACCUGGGAAAAACCAGCUACCAUGUCAUGAGGACACUUGGCACCAGCAUCCCCUUGCCCUCUGUGUAAGUGUGUCACCUUAGAAGCAAACUCUUAAGCCGCUGCCAACCUCUUGGUUGCAACCUCAAGGGAGACACACAUACAUGACCAUGAACGAAGGAAUGUGGACAGCUUCUAGAAGUUCCUCCAGAGGAAAAAUGUUUGACUUUAGCCCAUAAACCCAUUUCAGACUUCUGAUCUCACGAACUCUUAAUUUUUUCAGCCAGUACAUUUGUGGUAAUUUGUUACAGCAGCAAUAGGAAACUAAUACACUCAAAAACUCUGAGGGUAAUAAAUAAUUAUUGUUUUUUAAAGACUCUAAGUUUUGGGGGCAAUUUGUUAUACAGCAAGAGAUACCACUAUACAAUCCAUCAUUCACAGUAACUUGAAAUUACAGGUCAAAUGAUAAGAGGGCUGUUCUUGAUCUCUCCAUCAGAUCUGUUCAAAUACAUCGAUUCAUUGAUUCUUCUGGAUUCAUCUUUCUCAAUCAACCCACCUCAACAUUCCAGAGUAAAAAUCUUCUAGUCUUUAACUUGAUAUCAGCUAAGGGCAGAGAGGAAGAACUCUCUUCAGAGGGACUUCCUAUUUCCCAAGGACUUCACAAGGACUUCAGGACAGCCUAUUUCCCAAGCCUCCAACUCCAAAACCUCCUUCUUUGGUUCUCUCUGGGCAAAAGAGGCAGCUGUUGGCAAGGCUACCUGCAAGACAUAAAUCAGUUUUGGAAGUGCUUUGUCCAUGUUAGUGCUUAGCCUUUCCUACUUGAGUGUCUCCCAAAUGCCUUUGAGCCAUUUACCAUACUGCUCUGCCCCCAAUAAGGAGCUAUAAAUCCUUGACACCUGCUCACUACAUUCUUGUAGAAAAGUUCUUCUUUCAACAGUUCUAAAUGAAUGUUUUGACAAGAAAAAGGGUUUUAAUUUAUCCUCUUCAUCACGAGCCUAUAGUUACGCUGAAGUCUCUUCAUUCCAGAAAAAUAACCUCUCUCCAUGUUCCAUUCCUCCUGGCAAUGGCCCUUCCUUCCUAGCAAUCCUCUGAAAUUGACCUGGCCAAGGUCAUUGGCAAUCUCCAAACAUAACUGACACUUUCCAGUGUUGAACUUACUUAGCUUUUCUGUAAUAAAAAUUGCGUAGUUACCAGUACAUGACAUUCACUGAGUAUUCUAAGUUUUUGACAUCUAGUGACUCACUGCUCUUGGACAUUUGAUGCUGUUGAUCACUUGCUCCUUCUCACAUAAGUAAUUACAUUCAUUAAGAUCUCUCGAGGGGCUGGGAUUGUGGUUCAUGGGUAGAGCACUUGCCUGGCAUAUGCGAGGCCCUGGGUUCGAUCCUCAGCACCACAUAAAAAUAAAUAAAUGAAAUAAAGGUAUUGUGCCUAACUACAAUUAAAAAAAAAAAAAGAUCUCUCAAGUCUACUUUCUUUCCAUCCACAAUGCCAGACCCUUGACUAGGGGCUACUAUCCCUCCAGAACAUUCUGGAUUGUUAUUUCUAUAACAAACGUGACUGAGAUACUUCCCUGAUUGCAAGUCACAUCUGGUGGCUCCACACAGCCUGUAGUCUCAAACCUGAAAUGUACUCCAAUAUGCAAGCAUUUGUAUACACAUUAUGUGUCUACAAGCCACUAAUAUAUCAUUUACACUAUCAUUCAGAUUCAGAAAAAGAAAUUCCCCAAAAGAUAGCAGUCAUAGAUUGAGUAGAAGUUCUAAGACUUUUUCCCUAUACCACAGUGGAGGUGUGUACACUUACUUGCUUGGAGACCUCAGACCCUCCAUGGUAAGUCCAAGGGCAAAUCCUGGCUUUCCAGGCUUAUAAUGAUCUGGCUCCUACCUGCCUUUUCGGUCUCUUUCUCUCCCUUUUGUCCUUGCUCCCACUGCUGUGGUCCAAAUGGAAGAAUUUGAACGUAAAUGUCCCAAACCUACCUGCUUUCUGUCUGCUGUUGUCUUCAUUUAGAAUGUUCUUUUCCUUUUUUUAAUAUUUAUUUUUUAGGUGCAGAUGGACACAACACAAUGCCUUUAUUUUUAUGGGGUGCUGAGGAUUGAACCUGGGUCCCGCCCAUGCUAAGCGAGCACUCUACCGCUGAGCCACAAUCCCAGCCCUAGAAUGUUCUUUUCUGCCUUGACUCUCCAGGUCCCAGGUCUGUCUGUCUCACUCAUUCCUAAAAGUGCUCCUUAUCCACCUGCUUCUUCUUAAAGCUGCUUUUGGUUACUUCUGUCUCCAUACCCUGUCCAUCCACCACAUACAUCUUUUUCUUCUAUUAGGCAGUAUUUGCUUAUUUGCCUCCCUCAUGACACUUUGAGCUUUCUGAGGUCAGGACUAUUUUAUUAUCACAAUUAUAUCCAUAGUGCACAAUAACAGUAAGAAUGGCAAGAAUAGUAGCUAAUGCAUUUAUAGUAUUCACAUGUGCCAGGCACUGCUCUGACUUGUACACACUCUUGCUUAUUUAAUCCUGUGUGGUAGGUGCAAUUAUCCCUGUUUUGUAAAUGAGGACACUUGGGCACUGAGGGUGGAGUGACUUCCUAAGCUCACCCAUAUAGCAUGUGAGGUUCAGAAAAUUUGGAACUACCUUGAACUCCAGGCAGAGAAGGUAGAGGAAAUGCUCAGGCUGAGGAGAGCGGCAGGUGUGGCCCUGGGGCCUCCUGCCUGCCAGGCUGCGCUGUCCUAGCCUGGCCUGCACUGCUCCCUGCUGGCCAGCUCUCUCUCCCUGUAGCUCUCCUCUCUCUGCCAGGGCCCCUGCAGGGGAACUAACCUUGCCUUAAAUCCCCUCUGCCACCAGAGGUUGUGUCUGGGGUCUGGCAGCAAGUACAAAAUAUUCGGGGAGGGGAAGAGAGUCAGAAGAUCACACAGGGAAUAUGCAAGGACUUCCCUACAUUCACGUCUGAAGGAAAAUACUCAAACACUCAAAUUGGUAAACUGUCUACCCCCCAAAUUCCAUAGGAUAUGCCAAAACUAAUAGAAACUUUCAUUUUCUAAAAAGAAAGUAGUUACAUAUUUAAUUCUUCUUACGCUAGGCUCUUCUUUAGGACAAAAUUGAAUGCUAACUUAUUGCUAUGAUUUGGAUAUGAUCUGUCCCCCAGAGGUUCAUAUGUUGGAAGUAUGGUCCCCAGCAUGGUAGUGUUUAAGAGGUGGGACCUAGAGGAAGAUAGCUAGGUCAUGAGGCUCUACCCUCAUGAAUGAAUGAAUACACGUCUGGUAGAAGUGCCUAAGUUCCCAUGAGAGUAGGUCUUUAUAAAAAGAGCAAGCCUGGCCCCUCUCUGAUCUCUUGCUUCCUGUCUCACCAUGUGAUCUCCUCCACAUGCACUCCCACCAUUGUAAUGUCAUCUCCAUGAGACCCUCACCAGAGCCUAACAGAUGCUGGCAGUGUGUUCUUGAGCCUCUGCUGGGUGGAAUAACACUCUUUUCUUUUGCAAAGUACCCAGCUUCUGGUAUUUUGUUACAGCAAUACAAAAAGACUGAGACACUUGAAAAAUAUACUUACUGGUUCUCAAAUAGGGUGCCUAAUGAAACUAUUCAAAAAUACAAAUGUGUUGGCUCUGUUCCAAAUGGAUUCAGUUAGAACCACUCACAGAUACUAUUUCACUUCAGGAUUAAACUCAAGCAACACUUUCCCAAAUCCAAAACCUUUAUGACCACUUAGCAUCUUGUUUUUUCCAGCUAAAGGAAAUUCAAUGCCUUUAUGUUGGAACUUCAGGGGGAAAGUAUGCAUUGUCUAGAGGACACCCCUCCAAGUUUCCUGAUUCAAGUCUGUCAUUGUGUUUGAGAUGUUCUUCCGUUCUGUAAAUUGUAGGUGACUGAUGGCAAUACAAAAAAACUUCUUUCUCUAUACAUUCAAAUUAUAUCCUGACUUGUAGAAGUUGAAUUGAUUUUCCUUUCCCUCUUUGGAAAAAAGCAGUUUUGCUUCCAUUUGUACAUUCAUUUCAUCACACUUGACCUAUAAGUGGGUCUCUCUUCUUGCAAUUGUUUGUGACCUUGUUGUAAUAUCUGCCUGACUCCCUCAAUGAGUAUUGAGAUGAAUAAAAUCUUAAACAUGGGUUUGUUUCUCUCUCUCUCUCUCUCUCUCUCUCUUUGGUUUUUGUCAUUGUUACUGGAUUGUUACUGGGGAUUGAACCCAUAGCUACUUCACCACUGAGCUUUUUAUCCCCAGUCCUUUUUAUUUUUUAACACAGAGUCUCCCUAAAUUUCUAAGGCCUCAAACUUGUGAUCCACCUGCCUCAGCCUCCUGAGCUGCUGGGAUUACAGGCCUGUACUACUGCACCUGCCUCAUUUUUCUUGUUCUGGGAAAAUUAUCUUCAACAUGCAAAUAGAAGUACUUUCCUUUUCUGUGCUCUGGCCAUCUGCUACUUUGCUUUGGUUGGAAUUUACUCAAGGGAAUUUCUCAGAAGAGAACUCCUGCCCUUGUUGUGCCCUUCCUCCAUAUGCAUAAUAUCUACCAUGGAUUCCUGGAAGAACAGUGGAAUAGCCAAAAAUCUUUUAUUUUUAAUUAAAGGCAAAGAGAGAUCGGGGCAUUGACUCAUCACCAUCUCUUUUACAAAUAAAAUAGCAUAAGCUAAACCAAAAUUAAGUAAACCCAAGAGAUUUUCACUGGACUCCCUCAGUGUUCUUUCUUGAUCCUUUCUCACUUGUAUGGUUGACAUUUCAUCAACAUUUACAUGUACUAGAAUUGUUUUAUUUAUAAUACCUUUGCAUGACGCUGUGGAAAAUAAAAAGUACCUGUGAUCUUCCUGAGUACACAGAAUUAGUCUAUAAAAACUAUUAUCACCUUAACUGGAGCUAUUGGCCAGAACACAUACACAACAAGUUUUCACGUCACUUGGGAUUCCUUAUACCAUUGUGGCUGGGUUCCAAGGAGGAGCAUCCUCAGAGACAGCCAGGAAGAAACUGUACCACCUUCCAUGGUGAGCUUCAGAAGUCACUAAGUACAUUCUGCUGCAUUCUGUUCAGGUCCACCUUUGAGAGGAUGAGACCUGGGUAGCCCCUCAGGGCCUCGUGAUUUAAAAGGGCCUCUUGUUUCUUUAACACCUUGCUGUCGCCACCUUGAAAUUCUUUAAUGAUAUCUGGACCGGAGCCCUUCAUUUUCAUUUUGCACUGGGCCCCCAAAACUGGGUUGCCAGUUCUGAUUUUUUUUUGUCCAUGAAGCCACAAAGACCUGCCCAGACUCAUAGGGUGGGAAUAUCAAGUUAGUCUCCUUUUUUAAUUGGUGCAUUAUAAUAAUACAUAACCGUGGGACUCAUUAUGCCAUAUUUGACUACCUUUUUGAUGAAGCAGCAGAUUUCUUGGACUGUUCUUGGAAAUACUGUUGUGGCCUUUUUUUAGAAAAUGCUACCUGCCACAGAGGAUUGAUUUAUGGAGAAGUUAAGACAAAACAGGACAUUUAAAAAACUUUCCUCCAAUUUAUAAACUUCCCAGCCUCUGCAAAGACACCUUUGGGUCCUCCCUGCUCCACAAAACCCUCCUAAAGAGAAGCAAAGGCAGCUGAGCCCAGUAGCACAUGCCUGUAAUCUCAGAGACUCGGAAGGUGGGAGGAGAAUCACAAGUUCAGGACCAGCCUUAGCAUUUAGUGAGACGCCGUCUCAAAUUUUUUAAAAAAAGGCUGAGGAUGUAGCUCAGUGGCAAAGCACCCAUAGAUCAAUCCCAAUACCAAAGAAAGAGAGACAAAGGUGAUAUCAAAGUGUCCUUAUAUCCAUUCAACAAAUCCUGAUUGAGUGCACACUGGGGGAGCAUUUAUAAAUGACUCAGAGACCUUGUCCUCAAUAGGCUGGGGCAAGAGUCCCAGCAAUGGCUGGCACAAAUGAAAGGAGAAGAGAAAACAGAAGGUAAAGGACCAAGAACCCUGAGAACAAAGUCCUAGGGAUGUCCAAGAGAGCCAGCUUCCUGGAGACAUGGCAUCUGUGUGGCCCCUCCCAUUCAUUCAACAACAUCAUUCAUUCGUUCACUGAACAAGUAUCAUGUACGCCAUUUGUAAGUUCCCACCCUGGUGGAGCUUGCUUUACAAGGUACACACCUGUUUGUCUCAUCUAUAUCUGAUUUAAAUGACUUUUGGCUUUAGACUUUUGAAUUUGGGCUGGAACAAGAACUUGGGGAUUAUUGAGAUGGAGUGGCUAUAUUUUGCUUGUGCAAGGGACAUGAAUUUGGGGAAGGGAUGUCAUGGUCUGGAUGUUGGUAUCCCUAACAAAAUUUAUGUUGAAAUUAAUAUCCAAUGUGUUAGUAUUAAGAGAUAAGAUCUCAAGCUGGGGGUGUGGCUCAGUGAUAGCACACUCGCCUGGCAUGUGUAAGGCACUGGGUUCGAUUCUCAGCACUACGUAUAAAUAAAUAAAGGUCUAUCAACAGCUAAAAAAAAAUUUUAUUAAAAAGAUAUAGGGUCUCUGGGGGAGUGAUUAGUCAUGAGGCUCCACCCUCAUGAAUGGGAUCAGUGCCCCUGUAAAAGAGGUCGGAGGUGGCUGCCUUUCCCUAUCUGCCCUGGAAGGACCAGGGAAGGCAGCACCUAGGAUAUGGAACUGGAGGGUAUUAUGUUCAGUGACAUAAGCCAGACACAGAAAGAUAAAUGCCGCAUGUUGACUCAUAUGUUAGAAUAAAAUCGAUCUCAAAGGCAAGAGCAGAAUAGUGAUUAUAAGAGGCUGGAAAGGUUAGGGAGGCAGAGGAUAGAGGAUAAUGGGAUAAUGGUACCAACAUUCAGUUAGAUCAAAGUAAGUUCUAGCAUCCUACAGCACAGUAGGGAGACUGCAGUCCACUACCGGAUACUGUAUAAAAACUAGAAGAGAGGAAUUUAAAGAUUUCAGACACAAAGAAAUAAUGGAAGUGUUAAUUAUCCUGAUUUAAUUUUCCUGAUUGCAUCUUAUAACAUUACUCCAUGGAUACAUACAAUUAUUAUGUAUUAUUUUUAGGAAUUUUGAGCCAGUCUUUAAACCAAUUUUUCUCGAAAUUGGACAUGGGAGAGCAUUUAUGCCAUGACAACGGAAUACUGAGCUUAGGAUUUUAGAGCUGUUUUAUGUCAAAAUAAAUGACAUUUAUUUAUUUUUUAUCAUUGUUGCUUUGUUUAUUAUUUAUUACUGGAAUAUUUUAACAAUUUAAGUUUUUCAAUGCAUCUUAAUUAUACAAAACAAUGGGGUUUUGUGGCACAUUCAUGCAUGCAAAUAACACAUGUGAUCAUAUAUGAUCCCCUCUCCCUGAUCGUCUCUCCCUGACCCCCUUCCACUUCUCUAAUGGUCUCCUUGCUUCUUUCACAACAUCUUUUCCUCCCCCUAGAUUCCACAUAUGAAGGAAAACAAAACCCUUGUCUUUCUGUGUCUGGCUUAUCUUGCUUAACAUUAUGAUCUCCACCCCCGCCCAUUUUCCUACAAAUGACAUAAGUUCAUUCUUCUUUAUGACUAACACUGGGUUGUGUAUAUGUUCACCGCAUUUUCUUUAUCUAUGCAUCUAUUGCCGGCAUCUAUUCCACAAGAUGUCUAUUGUGAAUUCUGCUGCAGUAAGCAUGGGUAUGCUGACUGUAAUUCUUUUGAGCAUAUAACGAGGAGUGGCCUAGCUAGAUCUUGUGGUGGUUCUAUUUUUAGAUUUCUGAGGCACCUCUGUACUGAUUGACUAAUGUAUUAAUGUACAUUCCCUCCAUAGGUAUAUAGGGUUCUUUUCCCCCCUGCAUCCUCUCCAGCUUUUAUUGUUUUGUUGUUGGUGGUUUUGUAUUCUUAGGUGAAAGCCAUUCUGACUGAGGGGAAACAGAAUCACAAAGUAAUUCUGAUUUGCAUUUCCUAGAUGGCUAAAAUUUAGAACAUUUUUUUUCGUAUAAUUAUUGACCAUUCUUACUUAUUUUGAGAAGUGUCUGAAGAAAAGAUAUUUCUGAUGGGCUUAACAAACCUUUGGAGGUACAUUUGCAGCAUGAGGAAUUCAGUCAUUGCUGUCUGUCACCUUCGGACAAGUAUCAGGAUGGUCAGGAUACGUUUUGCGCUUCUUUGCAUUGUAUGACGUUUUUGUAUAUUUUAAAAAUCGAAUGAAAAAAUACUUCGGAGAUGGAAAGUCCUGCGUGGUGAUAACCACCCACACGGUGACGGCCGCAGCUGGCUGACCAGGGGAGGACACUCAGUCCUUGGGGCACGCGCACAGGUGAGCGCUCCCAGGCCAGCUGCGCGUGCGCACAGGUGUGCUGCCGCCCUCCCUGCCGCUGAGUUUGGCCUCCAGCCCGGGAAACUUGUCGCUCUCGGGCGGGGACACGGAACCGGGCCAUGGAAGAUUCGCUGGGGACUCGCGAGCCCCGGGUUCGACCGAGAGAACGGGACCCGGACCGGCGCCCCCGCCCGGACCGAGACCACCACCCUGAGCGACCGCGGGACAGAGCCGGGGACCGGCGCAGGGAAAGGAAUGGGGACGACGCGCGGAGGGACGGGGACCGGCGAGGGGAUCGAGACAGGGACCGGCGAGAGGAUCGGGACAGAGGGAGGGACCGAGACCCCCACCAGGACAGACACAGGGACGCGGGCCGUCGCUCAAGUGAGCAAAGAGGUUGGGAAAAGUCUCGCCAAAGCCGGACGCGGAACACAGCCCCGAGACCCACCUGGGACACAACUCGGGGACCGACCUGGGAGGCAGCCCCACCCCCUUGGCCCGGGCCUUGGGAAACCCCGGAGCCUCCCGCCCCGAGGAAGGAGAACUUCGGUCGCCAUGCACCACAAAGUUAUAGUGAACCCACCUCGGGGAGAUAUGUGCCCUCGCACCCCAGGCCUGGACUAGAGGAAGUGGAAUAUUACCAGUCGGAGGCGGAGGGGCUCCUGGAAUGUCACAAAUGCAGAUACCUGUGCACAGGGAGAGGUGUGGUACAGAUAGUGGAGGUGAUUUUGAACGGGAUGGUUCUCAUGUGUAUCGUGGCCUCCUACUUUGUCCUUGCUGGAUUCAGCGCCAGCUUUGCCAGUGGUGGUGGCUUCGGAAACAACUACUACUCACCAUUUGAGGGCACUGAGCUGGAGGAGGUUCGGCAACUGGACCAGAAGUAUACAGUCCUCCGGGCGCCCCUGAUAUAUGGCGGUGUGGCUGUUUCUCUGGGGCUGGGUGCCCUCACCAUGGGCGUUUUACUCCAAGGAGCCAAGAGCCUAACAAAACUGCCUAGAAAGUGGCUCCUCUUGGAGGCCGCCUUCAGCCUCCUGGCAGCAGUGGGCUACUGCGUAGGCAUUGGCGUUUACCUCCACGUGGCAUUGCAGAUCAACUCCACGGACACCUGCAAAACAAGAGAGAGGCUCUACGCCCGCAAGGGUCUCACCUGGAUGAACUGCCAGCUGGCAGGCACUGACGGAGCAGCAGCCACCUUUGCUUGUCUCCUGGUGAUUAUGUACAGUGCCAGUGUGGUACUGGCCCUGCGGAGCUAUCGGGAACAGAAGUUCUACAAAGACAGCCAAGAAGAGCAGAGAAAUGGCAGGGAUGUCCCAGAAUACCUGUGGUCUGGGACGCUCUAAGGGAGACCUUCUGGAACAUAAUUGUCAACCCAACCCCAUUGUCUCUCUCAAGAGUCAAGUCUUUCACAGCCACUGCAAACAACUGGUUUUCACAUACUCAAUUUUAUAAGUGCUUCUUUUGGUACGAAUGCAGAGUUAAUUGUCUCAUUUUUCUGUUGUAAAGGGAGAUCAGUAUGUCCUUGUUGGCUGACCCGAUGAUCACUUGAGAAAACUAGUACAAAAAGCAACAUCAGAAGUCAGGCUAUCCCCUGAUGGUGAUGCUAUCUUACCAUAUGAUAAUGGUAGAAAUAGCCAACUAGCCAGAGAAAUUUCAGAAGCUGAGAACAACACAUCCGAGGGUAACACGUCCAGUGUUACAGUAGAAAUCUCACCUGUCAUAACUAUCUUGAGUCGUCAAAAGGAAUAAGCAAUCCUUGCUUGGUUCCAGGGAAAGACUGUAAAGCAGUGCUGUGAGUGAAUUCUAAAUGGGUAAAUCUCCCCUGUCCCCAGAGGGGAAGAAUUCUUCUGUUUGAGUGCCACCAGUGUCCCCUGCACCUGCAUACUGCCAAGCAGCCCCCUUCUUUAAGAGAUGGGAGUUGGGUUUCUGGGAAAGAGAUGUUUUCAGCAAGCUUGAUCGUCCUCAGGACCCCUGCCUCGGGGCUCACGGAAAGUAUUUCCUACCAGCUAUUCCAAGAGGGUUUCUAUUCCCAUCCACUGGAAUUCAUUUUGAAGUAUUUAGAAUUUUUUUAAACAUGAGGUUUCCAAAUAGUGAGAAAACUCACAAGCUUCUUAAAGAUGUCAUUCAACUAAUUUCAAAGAUAAAGCAGUUAAUUUUACUAGACUCCAAAGGCUAAUUGGAGAACUUCUCACUUCUGCAUUCCCCUACUUGCAGGCCUUCCAAGGAAGAUAGUGACCCUCAUCCCCCUGCACCAUCUUCAUAAUGUAACAGAUUUCUGACAUGGAAUCUUAAACGUCUUUUCAGUAAUUGCCAUCUGAAGUGUUAUACCUGUUCUUGUACUUUACAGUCUCAAAUGUUUCUGUUUGUGUCAGAUCCAACUAGAAAUAUUCACAUUCUCUUUAUCUGGGUCUUUUUCGCAUUCUCUUGCUUUUCCAUAGCUAAUUCUUAUGGAACCUAUCCAAGACAAAAAAAAAGUCAGAAGUAAAAUUCACAAAGAAAUGAGAGAACAAAGCUUGGAAGAAAACAACCAACUGGAAAUCUCUAUUGCUCAGUUGGAAUAAAGUCCACUAUGCCACAGAAAGGUGCUUCCUGGCACCCUUAGCUUGGGGCAGUGACUGGAGUCCACACAAAUUUCUCUUGAGUGGCAGAGAUUUUAACAGCAGUAAAAAACAAACACCCACUCCUCAAGAGAACAAUGCACACAUACACUGGUCUCAACUAGCAUUUAUUCUCAAAGAUCAUAUCCCUGUUAAAUGAUCUUUGCCCAUGCUGGGCCUUUUGCUAGAUAAAAUGGGGACUUUGGACUACUUGACUUCAGCUUUGUGCCCAGGCCCAGCUGGGAUACUGCUCCUGAGAUGCAGCUCUCUUCACUGAUAGGAGCCUAUGGGUGACUUUAACAAUACUCAUGCAUGUCCACAGUUUUAUAAGGUUCAAAAGCUUUAGCACUUAUUCACCACUUGUCAAGAUUUGUUAUUCAAGAAGAGAAUAACAAGGUUCAAGAAGACCAAGUGUUUUACCCAAUAAUUAACAUUUCAUUGAAAGCUAUGGGCCAAGUACAUCACUGUGCUCAAGUACUUUGGGUCCUCUUAUUUAAGUUCAUGACUGAUGACAGAUACUAUCUUAACAAAUAAGAACCUCUGGGUGGGGAUGCAGCUCAGUGGCAGAGUGUUUGCCUAGCAUGCAUGAGGCAUUCAGUUCAAUUCUCAGCACUAGAGAAAGAGAAUUGAGAGCACAUGAGUGUGCAAGCCUUAGGAAAGUGCCAUAACUUGCCUAAAUGACAAAACUUUCAAGUAACAGACAGAACUCAGACCUACUGAAUCACCUGAUGGUGACUAACAUGCUUUUGCCUUCAGUGUCCUAGGGAGUGCAGAACAUAUCCAAAGAAAUGUGUUUCUGCCACCCUGGACCAGGGAGGCAUAUCUUAUGGAACUAGGGUAUUAAAGUAGAUGGUGGUGUAGUAACCAGUAAUCAGGUGUUGAGGCAACAGUUGUCAAACCUAAGUUUUCAAAAUGUUCAUUCUCUAGAUGAGGAAAUCUGCAAAAUGCCUUUAACAUGGCCUUUAUUUGGAGCAAGGUAGCUAAUCUUCCUUGGAAGUCAGGAGACAACAGUGGGGGCAAGGAUGGCGGCACCCAUCUGUAGGCUCUAAGUAGAUUAAAAGUAUGUUGGAAGCAAAAACCACUAAACUGAAGUUCUACCAUGAAGCCAUUAUGUUAUGGAACAUGUGACGGCCCACUCUGCACACAGCCUGUCAUCACCCACUUUGUGAUUAUUUAAAGAAGAGCUGCAGAUCAUUUAUAAUCGAGUUUCUUCUGAUCAGCUAAUAACCUUCAUGUAAAUAAGGACUGCUUCCCAUCAUUGGGAACAUAUGAACCAAGUCAGGAUAUGAUGUUUCUUAAAAACCUUUAUUGCUAUUUCACUUGAAAUGGUGCUGUUUGUGUGUAGUUGGAGUGUCCCCCAAGAGUCCACUGUGAUCGAAGGCUUGAUACACAGGGUGGCGCUAAUGGGAGAUGAGGUCUUGUGGGAGGAGGACCUUAGGUCACUGGGUACAAGUCCUCAGAAAAUGGGUCUCCUGGGAUCCUCUGGUAGUUCUGAGGGGAUUAUUAUAUAAAAGCCUAACUUGGGUCCCACACAGCUCUCUCUGCUCCUUGAUGUGAGAUGUAAUUGCUGGCUCCCAAACAUGCUUCUGCCAUUGCUAUCCACCAUGACAUGACACCGCUGAGACCUGAACCAAUGCCAGUGCCAUGCCCCUAAGGCUCCCAAACUCUUCUUCAAAAGUAACCUGUGUCAGAUAUUUUGUUACAGUGAUAUAAAGCUAAUACAAAAGGUGAUCAAGAAUAUAAGGUCCUUGCUUAGCAUCUAGAUGGCCAUCUUAAGUGACAGCUGCCAUAUUAAGGAAAAAGUUUUGCUUUCCUGCCCAAGGGCCUUUCUGAGAAAGGCUCACCUUUCCCUCAUACCAACCCAACCCUUAACCACCCGCAUUAGGGACCAACUCUGAUUCCUGAGCCUGCCCUAUAAAAGUCCUGGAACCCAAGCCUGUUUUGCCCCUCUCUCCGCUAUAGAGAGAUGACUUUUUUUUGUCAGUUCUGAUAAAUAAAUUCUCGUGUGUAUCUCUG